AUGGGCAUACAUUGUGAAAUUUGUCUUAAGUGCCCACCGAAUAACGUUUACACAUCGGGGAGUAUCGUAGCAGGCGAAAUAAAGUAUGCAGUCGACGAAACAACCGCAUUUAAAAGAAUAACAAUGUCUCUAAAAUGUAUUGCUACCUUACGCAUAAAGAAGCGAACUAGAGGAAAGAACCAAGGUGUCUCAUUUAACAAAGCAAAGUACUGUAACAUAGAAGAAGUGAUUCUAGAUAGUGCAACUGGAAACGCCACGGUGGAUAUCGGAUCGUACACAGCCCCAUUUAAAUUCCAAAUCCCUCAACGUACACCGCCAUCUGUUGAUGUGUUCCGGAAGCAGCUCUCGCAUUCUAUGAAAUAUAAGGUCGGUUAUUAUAUAGCAAUGAAAUUCGAGAAAUCGAACUUCCUAUCAUCCACUAAACGAUUUAAGAAGGAAAUUCAAGUCAUGUCCGACAUCAUACCGACCUUAAUCAGAGACCCAAUGACAUAUGGCGAAAAGAAAACAUUGUUCCAGCCGUUUUCCAGUACAGAAUCCGUGAUAAACGUCAAAUCGACGAUCCUAAGUUCAGUGGUGUGUGCCGGCGACACUGUGCAAUUCGAGUACGAAGUGGCAAACAACAGUCACGUUACGAUCAGAUCUGUCGAGACUAAGAUAGUGGAGAUGAUCAAUUCUAAAAAACGUUUAAAACAUUUCACGUUUUGCAACGAUCUAGAGGGCACAGACUCAAAAACUGGAUCAAUCGUUAACGGAAAAACCCAGCAAAUGAUCGUCGAUAUUAAAGUGCCCGAUGACUGUCUGACUAUAGAUUCUUGUCAACUAGCGGAGAGGAAUUAUUCGGUUUCAAUAGCCGUUGAACUGCCCAUGCCCCACACUAACUUUGAACUGACCAUUCCAUUGCAAAUCAUGUUGAAAUCUAAUGAGCCGAAUUCAGGAAGCUCUAGCAAACAAAAUGAACAGGACACCGACGCCCCACCGUCCUACUGGGAUGUUAUGAGUGAAGAUAAGAAGACAGAAGAAGACUCGUAA